UGCAUAUAAUAUAAUAUCUUUCUUUUUAUUUAUGAAAAUGGCGGUUGUUCAUCUCCCCCCUUCCUUCUCUCUUUACGCCACUCCUCUCCCUACCUCCGCAGCAGCAGCAGGAGAAGGAGGAUUGGAUGAUGGGAACAGGAAAUUCAUGGUGGUGGGACACAGAGGUCAUGGCAUGAACCUCUUACACUCCACCGAUACCAGAAUGAAAGCCUAUAAAGAGAACUCCAUUCUUUCCUUCAACAACGCUGCCAAUCACCCUUUGGAUUUCAUUGAGUUUGACGUUCAGGUGACCAAAGAUGACAUCCCCAUCAUCUUCCACGACAAUUUCAUCCUCUCUCAACACAAUGGUAUUCUAGUUGAAAAGAGGGUGACUGAUUUGACGCUUCAAGAAUUCUUUAGCUAUGGUCCUCAACGACAAGUAGGAGAGGUGGGGAAAUCUUUGCUCCGGAGAACAAAUGGAAAUAUAGUUGGGUGGGAUGUCCAAGCAGAUGAUCAUUCUUGUACCUUACAAGAAGCUUUCCAAAAAGUAAACCCUUGUUUGGGGUUCAACAUUGAGUUGAAGUUUGAUGAUUAUAUCGUAUAUCAGCAACACCAUCUCACCCAUCUUCUUCAACUCAUCUUCAAAGUCGUGUCUCAAAAUGCCCAACAAAGGCCUGUCAUUUUUUCAACCUUCCAGCCUGAUGCAGCCUUGCUUAUGAAGAAGCUUCAGCAUAUAUACCCUGUUUACUUUUUGACAAAUGGAGGAACCCAGGUUUUUGAUGAUGUGCGAAUGAAUUCUUUGGAAGAAGCCAAGAAGGUGGCCAUACAGGGUGGAUUGGAUGGAAUAGUUUCAGAAGUAAUGGGUGUUUUUGGAAACCCGAUGGUUGUUAGAGAUAUUAAAGACUCCAAACUAUCUCUCCUUACUUAUGGGAAAUUGAAACUAUCGUUGCACAAGAGCGACGGGAAGGAGAAGAAGGAUCAUCAGCCUUCCGCCCAUUUAGAUGAGCUUGCUCAGGCUUCCAAGGAUAUGCAAGAUAUGAGAAACUGCUAUGAUGGCUUACUAUCUGCAGCUGCUGCAACGGCAAAUAGUAUUUAUGAAUUUUCGGAGUCUCUAAAGGAAAUGGGGAACUGUUUGCUGGGGAAAACUGCUGCGGACACUGAUCGUGAAAGUGGAAAAGUCCUAUCAACUUUGGGGAAUAUGCAAUUGGACCUUCAGAAAAUUGCAGAUACUUAUCGUUCUUCUGUAGUUGUGACGAUUACUAACCCAUCGGAGUCUCUCCUCAGUGAGCUACGGAAAGUGGAGGAGAUGAAACUUCAAUGUGAUGAAAAGAGAGAGGCGUUUGAAUACAUGAUGACACAACACAGAGAAAAGGGACAAUUGAGAACUGGAAAAGUUGAAAGUUCUAUUGCACAAAAACUAAAAGAAGCUCAAGACGAAUAUGAUGAAGUGACUAGACUGUGUGUAUUUCGGGUAAAAUCACUGAAGGAGGGACAAUGUCGCAGUCUUUUAACACAAGCUGCUCGCCAUCAUGCCGCACAGCAGUUGAGUUUCUUUCGCAAUGGACUUAAAACCCUUGAAGCUGUUGAACCUUGCAUACGAAAUGUUGCCGAAAAGCAUCACAUUGAUUAUCAACUUACUGGACUAUGUAACUCGGAGUCCCGGGAAGGUGAACCUAUGAGUGGAUAUGAAAGCACAGACGAUGGGGAACUGAGUUUUGAUUAUAGACAGAAGAAACAAGGGAUUGAUGAUGAUGGCACCUCACAAAAUCCAAUGGAGCUGGACCGGAUAGAUCUUCAAGGUUCAAAUUUAGAAGAUGCAGAGGUAAAUAAGAAUAACCAUCAAGGGGAGCAGCUUUUUGGUAGGCAAACUAGAGUGAGCAGCUAUUCAGCUCCUUUAUUCCCAGAGAAGAUUGAUGCGUCUGAAAGGCCAAAGGAAACGCAACCCUCACGGAAGUUUUACUCUUAUGUGCUACCUCCUCCGGCUGUAGAUGCCAGGAAUCCAAUUUCAAGACCCUCUACAUCUGUUUCUUAUUCCAGUCCAUUUCAAAGUUUGCAACAGCCAUUGCCAGUGGACCAUGGAAGACGUAUUGGUGAUGAUAACAUGUUGACAUCUGCUUCUACCUCAAAGGCCCAGUCUAUGAUAAAAGAUGGUAACAGUAUCAAUCCGUCCAUCCAGUUACCUGCUCCUUCAGCUGGAAGAUUUUCGCUCUCACAGCGGGAUACUCAUAUCAGAAGUGAUGGUGAAGUAGGGAAAAGGCAAUCUUACUCUGGUCCAUUACCACCAAGCAAGCAAUUUUCUUUUAAGAUUGCAUCAAAUAGCGGGCCCAUUACCUCUACUGAGCUUCCUCAGCCACCCUUUCGUGUCCCGGUUUCUCAGCCAAGUUUGUCACCAAACGUAUCUCGUAGUGCUUCACCUCCCCCUAUAUCUUCUCCAAAAAUAAGUGAGCUUCAUGAGCUUCCUAGGCCUCCUAGUGGUUUACCCUUCUCGAAGCCCGUUGUUUUUUCUGGUGGUAUGACUGGACAUUCAGCACCCUUAUUUUCCAAGAAUCAAGAGAUUUCUCCACCAUAUAAAAGGGCUAUGCUAACAUCAACUUGCGCUCCGCUUCCACCCCCUCCUCUAGUUGUUCCCCGAAGUUUUUCCAUACCCUCAAGCAACCAGAGGGAGAUGGCAUUACAUGUGAACAUCCCUUCAAGUAACAGUGAAACCUGAAGAAGCUUCUCUGCUAGUCGCACCCUUUUAGCUUUUAGAUAUCAAGCUGCUAUCAAGAAGUAGCACCUCAUGCAGACCCGUCAAAGGUUGAGACUGAUUUCCGGACUGUUUGCUGAGCAUAUUCGUUUAGGUUAUUGCUUCCUUUUUGCUCUUGCUUGUCAGUAGAGGUCCGUAAAUACGAUCUACACGACCCAAAUAUUGUGGAUUUUGGUCAUCAUAUGUUUUAUUUUUUUUCA